UUAAAACACCGCGUGGGAGUGACAUCUUCAUCUUGUAUUUGCUUGCUUAGCAUCUUCAAUAACUAAUUUACUAUAUAUAUUAGUCCACCAUACACCAAUUUAUUUUGUACCUAAAAUAUCAUAACUUGUCAAUAAUCCACCUACUUGAUUUAUUUGUCUGCUUCUUAUUGAGUUUUACUGAUCAACAUUAUAUCUAUGGCGGGAACACCUCAAGAAGUUCAGUCACCACCACAGCCGCAACCGCAACCGCAACCGCAACCGCAACCACAACCACAGAAAACAGCAGUGAAGGAUCAUGAAGAUACAAAGAAGUGGGGGACCCACAUGAUGGGUCCGCCAGCUAAUCCGACAGCACACCCAGACAACCAGGAAGCGGCGAUGUGGAAGGCGGAUGAGCAGCAGAAACAGUAUUUCCAUGAUCAACCAUACUUGGUGUACUCUCCUAUGGAUAAAGCCCCUACCAACAAUCCUCUUCAGCCUGUUAUUCAUUCUUUCAACAGUUGGAGUCAGAAAGCCGAGACUAUUGCCCGUAACAUCUGGCAUAACUUGAAAACAGGGCCAUCAGUGUCACAGACAGCUUGGGGAAAGAUCAAUCUGACAGCAAAGGCACUGACGGGGGGUGGAUUCGAGCCGAUGUUCAAGCAGAGUUUCGAAACUGAGGCUGAGGAGAAGCUGAAAAGGACCUUUGCUUGUUACCUAUCCACAAGUACAGGACCAGUUGCAGGAACCUUGUAUCUGUCUAAUAUAAGGGUUGGCUUUUGCAGUGAUCGCCCACUUUCUUUCGUUGCUCCAUCAGGUCAAGAGGCUUGGAGUUACUACAAGGCUAUGAUACCAUUGUUACAAAUAAGCACCAUAAACUCGGUCACUAUGGCUGCAAAUUCUACUGAAAGAUAUAUUCAUAUCAUAACAGUAGACAACCAUGAAUUCUGGUUCAUGGGAUUUGUCAAUUUUGAUAAGGCAACCCAUCAUCUCCUUGAGACCCUUACUGCAGCUAAGGCCUCUGCCUCUCAUUAUCAUGCACCAUUGCACUAGCCUUCAAUGGCCUCACUCACCAUGAUUUUAGUUUAUUUGCUUUAUUAAUUCUAGGAUUUCUAGUUUGUAAUUUUAUGUUUUAUGUUUUAUGUUUUAAAUGGAUUGAUAUGAUAUUAUGAUGUACUGUUUAUGUUGUAAUUAUCUCAACUAUUUUAUGGAUAUUUGGAAAUAAUUGUCUCAAUUCAACUCCCAUAACAGAAA